GUACAUGUAAAUAUGACCUUGCCUCAACCAGAAAAACCGUUAGGCCACAUUGCGCUAGCCUGCAUGCAGUUCAGUUCUACUACUCAUUCAAAAUGGUUAAAGACGGAGCAGGCACAAAUGUACAUCGUCAUCUCGAAAAAACACUGAUUACAUGUAUUGUAUUCAGUUCCAAAUCCGCGUCCAAAAGCAUCACACAUGUCUGUAAACAUACAGCUUAUUAGUCAGAGUUAAUAUUCCUGCAGCACCAUGGUCUUUGCGGAAUGGGAGAUAGUUUGUACAUUCGUUUCUGGAGCCCUGUUCUUUCAAACCUACAGUUUGUUGUAGGCCUUACUGGGAGCCAUGGACACAAUGGAACAGUCAAUCGAUACGUGAGGAGAGGAGUUUUGCAACAGAGACGGGUGCGACAGUGACGGGAAAAGGCACAGGAGACACUGGAGAAGCGCGUAUAUAUAGGAACAAUCUGCAGCAAAUUAGAUCUGUGACGGUCAUGGCAGACAGGAGGAUUUCUGGGAGUGAUAAUAUGUGUGAAUCAACCACCGCUGCGUCGACUGGACCUCUUAUCUAUGCUGUCCCCGAUGUCUUAAUAACGACGAUUUUGCAACAUCUGAGUGCGUCUGACCUGUGUCACGUGGCAUCAUGCUGCCGUUGGCUACGCGAUGCAACCAAUCAGGAUUCACUCUGGCUCCCUCUUUGUCAAAGCAGAGGAUGGGAGCGCUACGGCACCAGCACAGACCUGGCCAAGAUAGCCUCCUUCGGGCCUUCCAAGCAAGCAGCUGAUGAUAGUGCUGCAGGGGAUGACAUCGUCACCUUCCAGGAAGAUAGGAUCGUGACUUAUGAAAACACAGCGGGUUUAACCAGCACCUGCAGGUGGAAAGGCGUCUACAUGAGAGCUAACCAUCUGGAGAAAAACUGGGCUACAAACUGCUCUUAUUUGAAGGCAUUUGACCUUGAUGUGGAAGAAAGCCCAAGACACCGCACUGCCCAUCAUGAACGCUCCAGGGCUGUCGUCGAUGGGGAUCUCCUUGCAAUUCAGAGCGUGUCAAAAGAAAUCCAUGUCUAUGACAUUCGGAAUAAUACCCUUCAGUGUGUUAUUCCUUCUAUCGAAACUGCGGGUCUAUUCAAGUUCAGAGACGGCGUGAUUGUGGUGCCUUUUCAAAGUGGGGUUGCCUGUGCGUUCGAUGCAAGUACAGGGAAGCUGCUACAAACGAUAGAUGGAAACUGGCGCCGUGACGCUGUGUCGUUAUUAUUUGAUGGUGAACUGGUCAUCACCUACGUGCUUACUUUCAAUGGGAAAUACAGUGACAAGUUCCGUGCCAUUUACGUGUGGUGCGUGAAAGACGGCAAACUUAUACGCAUCCUAACAGUGGACCCUACAGGCGGUGACUGCGUUUGUUAUAACAUGGACUAUCGAGACAAGAUGGUAGCGGCGGCCUUCGAAGGUGACUGCAUUCGCGUGUGGGAUGCGAAGAGCGGAGAAUGUGUGCAUACACUAAAAUGCCCAGGAGAAAAGUCAGAGGUUCAACUCGGCGAUAAUGUUAUCGUUGGUUUCAGCACUAAAGGCGACGAGUGUGUUACUACCAUUUGGAGCCAGGACACGGGUGAAUGCCAAAAAGUGAUACACGUAGGCCUACCCGUACCCAUCUCCCAUUUUCGGAAGCACAUGCUGAGCGGGUAUAAUGCAGAGCUUAUCAAUAGUUUGAUACUACUAAAGUUUGACCCCAUGUGUUGCAAUCCGAUUCGUUCUGUGUACGCUCACAAUCUGCGUGGAGAAUUUAUAACACAAUUGAUGAGUGAUACCUAUGUGGAGAAAGGAAACGGAAGCAAGCGCCUCUUCUAUGUAAACGAUCCUCCGCCGAAGGGAGAAGGUCAGAAAACGCAGAAUAGGGUCAUCUUCAACGUCACUCCAAAUGGCCUGGUAAAACUCUUCGAUGUUGAUAGUUCUAACCAAAUCAUCUGGAUUGACGACAUCAGAAUGAUUACCUGUGACAAUAAGGAAGGAAUACUUCUUGUCCAUCAUUACUGGUAAACCGGACAUCAUGUCAAAUCGGAGUUAAAUCCAAUCGUUGACUACAAAGUGGACCAUGACUCCUUGAACUCCAGGCAUAACUUAGUAAACAGCGAUGAGAAAACUUUUAAUGGAGGACACUCGCGUUUUUAUUAAACCAUGUAUUCGUCUUUUGAAACUUAGACUUGCCACUUCCAUUCCCUUGUACAAGCCAAUCUAAUGUUCCUUAGAAUUCUGUUCUAUUUUUUUUCUCUUCCACUUAGUGUGUUGUAAAUGUAUACGUGACCACCUUUCUGUAGACUCUUAAUCACAAUUAGUAUGAGGCUUUGCCGCUGUAACCAGCUUUUAUUUUAGCAUAUCGUGUAUUUGAACAUUCGCACAUGAAUCCUGUUGAACUACCAGGAAAAAAGGAAAUUGAGAAUGGAGAGUCGAGUAGACCGAGUACAAUUCAUCGUGAGAUCACAUCAGUUUUGGAUAAAUUGUGAGAGUUCUCGUUUAAUUUCUGUGUCUCUGCCCUCUUCGUAGUCAAAUUCCUACAAAGUAGUGUUUUGUGAAGUCAACCAACAAUCUUUUUCGUAUGUAAAAAAAAAAACUUAAAAAACCAACAACUCUAUUAAAUGAGCUCCGUGC